UCCAGUCCCUGCUCAGGGCUAUGUCCCGGGCAUUGCAGCUGGGCCUGAGACCCUUGUCAUUCCUACGUCUCCCUUUUGACCAUUUCCCAGGCGCGAUGGCUGGGCUGGGCAACCAAAGCUACGUGCGCGAAUUCACCCGUCACUCUAGCGACGUCCUGAUGAACCUGAAUGAACUACGCAAGCGGCACGUCCUCACCGACGUCACGUUGCGGGUGGGGGGCUGCCCCCUCCAGGCUCACAAGGCCGUCCUUACUGCCUGCAGUGGCUUUUUUUAUUCCAUCUUCCUGGGCCAGGGUGGCCACGAAGUGAAUGUGCUAACUCUGCCCAGCUCCAUCGAGCCAGCGGGCUUCCAGGCCCUCCUCGACUUCAUGUACACGUCCCGCCUUCUCCUCACCCCGGGGACCGUGCCCGCCGUCCUUGCUGCAGCCUCCUACCUGCAGAUGGAACAUGUGGUGGAGAGUUGCCAUCGCUUUAUCCAGGCCAGCUAUGAGCGGGUGACCUUUUUCUUAGCUCCGCCGGACCCCGACUUUCUUUGCCACAAAUUCCAGCCCCUUGGAGAGGAAGAACGAUCCAGCGUGGCUGGUUUUCCAAGACAGGUACAGGACCACGCCACCACUGGGUCCACACUCCCUGGAUCCUACUCCCCCAAAGACAAGGAUCUGGAGUCCGUGAUGUCUCCGGGAACUGGGGACCAGUCUCCUCCUGGCCAGCCGGCCUCUCCUGGCGAGUCGAGCGGCUGUGCCCCGACCCCUGACCCCAAAGCUUGCAACUGGAAGAAGUACCGCUUCAUCGUACUCAACUCCCUUCUCUGCGAGGGGCAGCAGGAAGCCUCCAAAACCCCACGCCGGGCUGGCAGCGACGAAGACUCUAGUGGCUCUGAAAAAGGAAGCGGCCUUUGCAGGCUGCCUUCACCUCAGCCCUGUUGCUCCAUCUGCAACCAGCCGCCCUCCCUGCUUUGCUCACAUCCUCCAGAGGACGUUUCCGUGGGCCAGGGCGACCCCUGCAGUACUGCUGGCGCUGGACCGUAUGACUGCAGGGCCUGUGAGCUGCGCUACCUCCGAGAGGAGGAGGAAGGUGGAGGAGGAAGAGAAGGAGGAAGAGGAGGAGGAGGGGGGUGUCUCCCAGCAGCCUCCGCCUCUGAGGAGAAGCCGUACAAAUGCCACUUCUGCAACUCCGCUUUCCGCUACAAGGGGAACCUGGCAAGCCAUAGAUCUCUGCACACAGGUGAGAAACCCUAUUGCUGUGGGAUCUGCGGAGCUCAGUUCAACCGUCCGGCCAACCUCAAGACUCACCUGCGCAUCCAUUCGGGGGAGAAGCCCUACAAGUGUGAGACCUGCGGAUCAUGUUUCGUCCAGGUUGCUCAUCUGCGAGCCCACGUCUUGAUCCAUACCGGAGAGAAGCCGUACCCGUGCGGGACCUGCGGGACACGAUUCCGACACCUGCAGACCCUCAAAAGCCACCUCCGCAUUCACACAGGAGAGAAGCCUUAUCAUUGUGAGAAAUGCAACAUUCGUUUCCGCCACAAGAGCCAGCUGCGGCUACACCUGCGGCAGAAACACGGCGCCGUCACCAACACCAAGAUCCGCUACAAAGUGCUGGACGGGCCUUACGCCGCCCUCUGCUGAGCAGGCAGGGUGCUGCGCCUUUCCCC